AUGGCCACCGAAGCCCUCACAGCACCAGUCCAAGAGUUCUCACACCUACCACCCUUCCCAGACAAUGUACCGACCGCUCCACUGCUCCGCCUGUCCCUCUCAUCUCUCCUCUCCCGCGACCCCAAAGAAAUCGCCCGCUUCACCGCCGCCUGCGAGGACCUGGGCUUUUUCUAUUUAGAUCUCUCUUCCUCCUCUCCACCACUCGGCACCAACCUCCUCCGAGACGCAGACAGCCUCUUCUCCGUGGGAGAAGCCCUUUUCGAUCUUCCCGUGUCCGAGAAGACAAAGUACGACUUCUCGAAGUCGCACAACUCGUAUUUCGGCUACAAAGGCCUCGGCGCCAAUGUUAUUGACAAAGCGGGCAACCUCGAUCGAAAUGAGUUCUAUAACGUCUCCAAGGACGAUGUACUCGAGCAGGGUACGAGGUGGCCCGCGCCGAAGGUGCUGGACGAGCAGCGUGACCUGCUCGCGCGAUUCACAAGGGGUGCGCAUGAGGUUGUCUCGCUUGUCCUGGAGCUGUUGAAUGAACAUCUGAAGCUUCCGAAGGGUACGCUGCAGAAUAUGCACCGUCUGGAGGGGAUCAGUGGAGAUCAGACGCGCUUCAUCAAAGCCCCACCACAGCCAAAGGACGACCGCCGGACCGCGCUGGGCGAGCAUACUGAUUUUGGCUCCGUGACUGUGCUGUUCAAUCGACUGGGAGGUCUGCAGGUUCUCCCACCCGGUCGUGACGCCGAGUGGUGCUAUGUGAAGCCACUGCCUGGCCACGCAAUCAUUAAUCUUGGCGAUGCAAUGGUCAAAUUUACAAAUGGACGUCUGCGGAGUAACAUCCACAGAGUAAACGCUCCGCCAGGCGAGCAGGCUGAUGUGACGCGAUAUUCGCUUGUGUAUUUCAACCGGCCGGAGGAUGAUGUGAUACUUAAGAGACUGGACAGCGAGAUGAUACCAGAGUUGGAGCCAGGCACUGUUGAGGAGGAGGUGAAGAGUAAGGACUGGAUCAUCAGGAGGGCGUUGGGAAGAAGGCCUGGCGUCGUUGGGACCAAGGCGUUUGCGGAGGAUGCGGGAAAAGGGACGGAGGAUAUGAGUCGGAGGUACGGCGGUGGUCAGAAGGUUGUUGCUUCGGCGGCGUGA